UGUUGUUCUGUUGUAACCAAGCACUACAGUGAGACAAGAGGCAGGCAGCCCGCACCAUGCACUCUCCAUUCUCCUCCAAGCUCACUGCAACUCUUCGUUCACCCAGGAGUAAGACAAUGAUUCGUUUGCCACGAAUGUGAUUCUCCCGGCAGGCAGAUGAGCGUUUCUUCCAUUCGUUACAUUUAAUGCAUUGCCUUUUGCUGCCUUUGUGAAGUUUUCGGAGACACCACCCAGCAGACGUGGAUCUACCUUCACAUUUAAAGUACCCCAUUCAGCGAGGUGCGACCGUCUGAGCCCCCCGCAGUCAGGAUCAUCUGGCUCUGUUUAAAGGUCCAAGGGAUGGCGUCUCGUCAGCAGACCAGGAUCCAGGUCUACCUGGAAACAAACCGGAUCGGACCUCUGUUCGAGGAAUUAAUGACAAAACUGAUAACAGAGACCCCAGACCAGCCAAUUCCAUUUCUAAUCCAGCAUCUUCAAUCAAAAAUAGGACAUGUUGGCCACCUACAUAGGACCUUGUCUGGAUCUGCUGCUCUUUGGGCGGAAAGUGAAUCAACAGAAAACAAAGGAACCAGAAGAGAUUUUAGAUGCUAUGACAAGCCCUGGCAGGUAAAUGCAAAGAAGCCAAAGAAAUCAAAGAGUGACCUUGCAGUGUGUAAUAUUUCACCACCGUCACCAGAAUCCAAAUCUUUGCCGAGGUCAAUUGAACAGCAUAAGUGGGACUGGAGGACGAAACCUGAAAGCCAUGAUUUUGAUGAAUUAAACCAUAUUUUGCAAGAAAGUAAGAAACUUGGAAAAGCCUUGGAGAACUUAUCUCGAAGCAUUGCCAUUUCUGAUGAAUUAGAACAGGAGUCAAGAGCAUUUAACUCGUCCCUUUUGAGACCCUGUGUUAUUGGAGAAUGGGUUGGCCGUGAAGACAAUGACCCAGAUCCACUGGCUGCUGAAAUGAUACAACCCCCUGUGCCAAGGAACAAAAAUGAACAAAGGGAAGGGGAAGACGGUAGUAACUCUCCUGCAGGAAGUUUAAAGAUGGAGCCAAAGAACAAAGGCCUGAAGCAGCAGCAACAACAGCAUAAGAAGCUUCUUGCAGCCAUGCUCUCGCAAGACUCCUUUGAUUCCGUACACAGCACUCCACCCUCGGUCACAGAAGAAGACAUUGACAAUGAGGAUGAUGCCAUGGAACUGUUAGAGGACCUUGAUGAUCUUCGAAUGGAAGGUGUUACAAGCCUGAUGCCAUCUGGAAGCAAAUUCAGCCAGGGACGGAGUACUUACACCACCGAGCCUCAAGCAAAAGUCACUUUAAACAUCUGCUCAAGGUGUGCAAGAUUACAAGGAGAUAACCUUGUUCAUGGGGUAGAUGAAGCACCAAAGGGAUCUCAUUCUACAGAGAAAGUUACAACAGAUGCAGCAAAUCCAUUGCCCGGAGCGGAGGCAGUAAUGGAAGAUGAUGAGGAAUUUGAGAGUGCAUCUCAAGUGACAGGACCUCGUCAACCAGUCUGGGACUCAGAAGCCUUGUCUGCCAGAAGUGGAGGCUCACACAGUCAAAAGCUCCUGAAAGAGGCAUUAACCGCAAAAGAACUGCAAAGCAUGGAAAAGCAUCUGGCUGAUAUUGAAAAAGACUUGGCUCUCAUGGCAGAAGCCAGUAUGUCACGGAGUCCAAACAGUCAACAAGGUGCCGCCGUUAAUAGUGAUCAACAAGGAGUCUACCAUUUAUCUCAACUACAAAACACAAGACCACAGUUGCCAAACCAAGCUGCAAAAAGCCUACAGCUUCAGCUUCAAGGAAAUAAGUCUCCACCUCAGCCAAACAAUAGAGGGCAGGGUUCAAGUCUCCCAAAUAGUAGGCCUCAAACACCAAAUUCACAGUCAAACAAACUUCAAACACCACUUACUCCAUUGGGCAGACCUGUGACACCAAACAGCUUGCCAUCUCGACCCUUGACCCCAAGUAACCAAGGAAACAAGGAUAUAACCUUUGCUGGCCAAAGGAGUAGAUCUGUAACGAUUAAGAGUCAGGUUGCGUGGACUCCAAACUCUGUGUCGGGAGUUCCUGUUCAAAUUGCCGCAGAGAAUAUAGGAAAUGCUUCUCAGAAAAACAGUAUCUCAGAGGAGGAGUCUUUUGAACAACUGCAGGGUUCGCGUCAACCUUGGACCCUUCCAAGUGACACAGACAGUGAAAUUGUAGAGGCGAAGAAAGAAAAACGGUUGUGAUACCAAGAGAACCUUGCACGUUGGUGUCAUGAAAACACACUUACAUGAGAACUUGGAAACAUUUUUUUUUCAAAAC